AUGCUUGAACCACAACCAAAUUUACUAAGGGCCUAUGUUGCACACUGGAAAACCUUCAUUGUCGCGGUAAAUAACCUCAAGGUAGUAUUUUCUUACCUUCAUGGGCCUUGGCAGAAGUAUGGGUUGCCUCCAGAGCAUCCACUUUUACCAACUGGGACUGUCGCUCUCCUUCAAUGGUCUGAGGUAGUUACGACUCGCGAAAUCUGUGACGCUUUGUCAACUCAGAUAUUUGACUAUGUUGAUCUAGAUAGAAGAAAAAAACUGGAUGAUGCCACAAGUGCUCUGUUACGAGAGGUAUCGCAAUCUCUAGGGAUGCUGAAUGAUCAGCGACACACUUUAUAUGUAUUGCUGAUAGAGGAGCCGUAUGUCGGGUUGCUAUAUAACCACACAAGAGAGAAAAUUCCGCAGCUCAAAUCAGAAGGGAUAGUUGCAUAUGUGGAACGAGCUAAUUCUAUAUUUGACAUUGAGGCAGAGCGAGCCAAUCGUCUUUUGAACAAGUCUUCACUUUCCGUUGUGAUGCACCGACUUGCUGAUGCUCUCAUUAAUGACGAACUCUCAUACUUGAAAGAAAUCAUGCCAGAUUGGAUACUAACCAACAGUGCUGUGUGUUUGCGUCGGUUGUAUCGUCUGAUGUUGAAGAGUACAUCUGGAAUGACGGAGCUGAAGAAUGCUUUUCAGAAAUGUGUCUUUGAAAAAGGAACAGACGAAGUGAAAAGGAGGUGUGAGAAAUGUAUAAGAUCCAAUGGGAAUAUAUACAAGGCCAUUCUGGAGGCAGUCAUUUCGGUUCAUGCGUUCUUUGAAGAAGUGAAAACCGCAUUUGAUCAAAAUGAAGGUCUUAUGACAGCAAUGUGUAGUGGACUUGCAAGCGUUCUUAGCGAUACCGCCCACGCUAAGAACCCCAAAAUGCUGGGACAGGAGCUGGCGCAACUUGCUGACACCGAGUUGAAAUCCUGCGGAACAGAGGAUCAUUGUGAAUAUGUGGUAAAACAGAUUGUUACCCUGUUUCAGCUUCUUCCACUGAAAAAUCCAUUCUUGGAGGCAUACCCGAAGUACCUGUCUUCCAGGCUUUUGUUUGAUGACUUUAAGGAAAAAUAUGAACGCCUUGCUAUUUUGCAUAUAUCACGGAUAAAAGACUGUUCAAGCGAUUUUGUACACAGGUGCGAGGUGAUGUUGAGUGAUGUAACGGAGAACAGUGUCGCAUUGCGUGAUAUGUUUUAUUCGAGCCGUAUAGAGGGACAAUCUUUCGCGAAGCGACUUUUCCAUCCGAUUAUUAUCAGAAGCUAUACAUGGCCAGAUGCUCCCUGCUCUCUGCCUUUGCCAGUACCACCUUUUUUGACCCAUUGGAUGAGUGAGUUUCAAGCGUUUUUUGUAAACAGGCGUCCAAGACGUCACAUUGUGUACAAUCAUCGACUUUCUCGUGGUGUGGUAAGGAUGAGUUUUCCCAGGGGCUCACGAUUAGCGAGUAUUGAUUUAUAUAUAGGGCAGUCACAGCUUAUUCUGACGGAGUGCUUCAAUCGUCAUGCAGAAUGGUCUCUCUCUGGACUUGUGCAAGCAAUGGAGGUAAAAAAUCAGGAUAUCUGUUUGUGUGCUAUUAAUACGUUUGCAAGGGAAGGUAUUCUUGAGGUUUAUGGAGCGACCGGGUUGACUGCUCUUCCUUUGCGGACGUUGAUUCCAAAUCAGUACGUUCGCAUUGGGUCCAAGCCAAAUACGACUCUUAGAAGGCUGGAGCUAUUUGCGUUUGAAGAGGAAGGGCAUUCACAGAUUGCAUCAGGAGACAGUACAAUGCUGUCAAAGCACCAUGUGGAUGCUGCUUAUGAUGCAAUGGAUAAAAUGAAAUCUUCCGCGAUUCAAGCAAUUGUUAUCCGCAUUUUUAAGUCCAAUGGUGUUCUUUCGUUUACUGAACUUGUUGAAAAAGUCAGGGAUGAGUCUCUUGCUAAGUUCACACCUUCUGUUCAGCAAAUAAAGGUGGCAUUGGAGUUCCUCAUUGGUCGUGGCUUCGUGCGCAGAGACGAUACAAGUGAAGGAAUGUUUUCAUAUGUUUCAUGA